GGCCGCCUGCGCUGAGCGCUGCCGGCUGAACUGAGCCCGAACUGAGCCGAGCCCAGCCCAGGCCAGCCCAGCCCGAACAGAGCCCUCCAGCCGCCGGGCCGCCCCUCCCAUGCGCCUGCCGAGCAUGUCCCAGCACUUCCUGCUGGCGCCCAUCGCCGAGUGCACCCUGGGUCCCCCCGGUACCCAGGUCCGCCUGGCCGUGCUGGGCGCCCGCGGCGUCGGCAAGAGCGCGAUGAUCGUGCGGUUCCUGACGAAGCGGUUCAUUGGGGACUAUGAGCCCAACACAGGCAACCUCUACUCCAGGCUGGUCCAUCUGGAGGGAGACCACGUUGCUGUGCAGAUCCAAGACACGCCAGGGUGUAUCCAGGUGCAGGAAGACUGUAUGCAGAUGCUGGACUCCCUGUCCAGGUCUGUGAAGUGGGCAGAGGGCUUCCUCCUGGUCUACUCCAUCACAGACUACAGCAGCUACCAGUCAGUCCGACCUCUCUACCAGCACAUACGCAAGGUCCACCCAGAUGCCAGGACUCCCAUCAUUAUCGUGGGGAACAAAGCAGACCUCCUUCAUGCCAGGCAAGUCCAGGCAAAAGAGGGACUACAGCUAGCAAAUGAACUGGGCAGCCUGUUCUUGGAAAUAUCCACAAGUGAUGACUCCCAAGGCGUCUGUGAUGUUUUCCAGUAUCUUUGCAAGGAGGUCAGCAAGCUACAGCAGGCCAGCAGCACAGACAGGAGGUGGUCGUCCAUCAUCCCUCGGCCCAAAUCUCCCAACAUGCAAGAUCUAAAGAGACGUUUCAAACAGGCUUUAUCUUCCAAAGUCAAGUAAUACCUCCCCCCGCCCCAUGAGAUCCUGUGUGACUCAAUAGACUUUAUUUUUGUAAACUAGUUAAUAAAAAUCUUUAUUUUUGUACUUAUGCCAGCAGUAUGGAAGUAAGUAUGUUAAAGCUUACCAUUUCCUUGCCAUUCUCUCUUGUUUGACUGGUUGGGUUAUUUUUACACACACAAAAAUGCUGCAUAGCAACUAAAUAGAAGUACUUGGAGAAGGGGGGUUUUGCCAGGAGGUUUUGAUUCUGUUUCUGUUUUGGGCUGGGAUUUUAUGUUUUACUCUGCCUAGAUGACUUUUUUGGGCCUCAGUUUCCUUUUUGUAAAAUGGGAAUGAUGAUGAUGUAACACCUGCCCUUAUAAAAUGCUUAGAAAGCCUUUGAUGGAAAGCUUUAUAUGGAGAGGAAAAAAAAGUUUUAUUAAACAUAAAAAUAUAAUUGUCUGUAAGCAUUCUGAUAAGCACUCUUUUCCCUCUCUCCUGCUGUUUUGUUUGCACCUGUAAUUGCCUGGAUGAUGAGAAGCUGUUAGGAAUGAGUUUGAUUUCUGAUGUGCUUUAGAAAUCUAUCUAUCCUGCAGAAUUAAUCUUUUGAGCCCAAAGCAUUUAACAGGAUGGUUGAGUUUCUCCUACAGUUUACCAUGGGACAAAGUGCUGAGCAAUCAGCCGCAGAGGAGUGUGUGGGAUGGCUGUUGCUUUCCCUGGAGAUGUCUGAUAGGAAAGACAGUUGCAUAGGUUCCCAUAACAGAAAGUAGCUACAUUUAAAAGGAAUCACAACUUUAUCUUCCCCAGGGCAAUUUCCUAGCUGUUGGAAAUAGGUCAGACUUUUUACUCUUAUUUCACAUAAGCUCUGUGCCAUACUAGAAGGGUUUUGAUUAACUAUUUGCUGGAUGUCUGAGCAUGGAAUGUGGGGUUUACAUUUCAAAUACGCCUCUGAAGUAUGUGCGUGGUAUUGUUAAAAAAUAAACUCUGUUCCUUGAUGAGUAGAAA